AUGCGCCUCGCCCACCUUCACCUCCCAAGCAUAACCCCCUUCUCCCGCGUCUCCCACCUCCAAGAAACCCUCACCACCCGCCUCCUCGCCUACAAAAAGCUCACAUCACAAUCUCCCUUCCAAUCACCAACACCAACCCCCACAUCAAUUCCCUCAACACCCCCAGACCCCACAAUAAUAACCUUCACUCCGAACCCUGUCUACACGACCGGCCGGCGCGACCUACCCCCCUCCAACACAGCUAGUACCAAGACACUCUCCCUCCCACCGGGACUGGAACCGAUCCGGCCGCUUUUGGUCCCUGAUGGCGAUGGCCAUUCUUUUUCCCCAGCUGGUGAGAGAAAGGCCGAAUACCACCCCACCCUCCGCGGCGGACAGACGACAUACCACGGCCCUGGGCAGAUGGUCGCGUACACGAUCCUCGAUCUGAAGAGACUAGGCCUGACACCGCGGUGUCAUAUACGGGUGUUGGAGAAUAGUGUUGUGGAUGUGCUGAGGAAAUAUGGGAUAACGGGUGUUAUUACGGAGGAUCCCGGGGUUUGGGUUCCUUCGUCUUCAUCAUCUGGGACAGAUGCGCCGAAGAAGAUUACGGCUGUGGGUGUGCAUUUGAGAAGAAAUAUCAGUAGUUAUGGGAUUGGGUUUAAUGUGACUGAGGAGCCGAUGUGGUAUUUUCGGCAGAUUGUUGCGUGUGGGUUGGAGGGGCGUGAAGCGACGAGUCUUGAGGGGCAGGGAGUUCAGAGCCCCAUUGGGGAUGUGGCGGAUCAGUUUGUGGAGGCUUUUACGAAGAGAAUUAAUGCUGAUUUUGCUUGUGGGGAUGGUGCCUCUGGGGAGAAGAUUGAGGAGGUUUAUAACGUUCGGGAAGAGGAUCUUUUACGGGCAUGA